CGCGGUUGUCCCGCCGGACGAUCUUGCUCAUAGCGUUCGCGGUGCUGCACGGUGUUCGUUCUGUUGCCGCUGGCCGAUUAGCACUCUCGUCCGUAUUUGAUUCCAUUGCUCGCAAACAGCGUUUAACGGCGUGAGAAAGAAAGAAAAAGAUAAAUCAAGAGAGCAAACAUGUGCGACGAAGAGGUUGCCGCGCUCGUAGUCGACAAUGGAUCCGGUAUGUGCAAGGCUGGCUUCGCCGGGGAUGACGCUCCUCGCGCCGUCUUUCCCUCGAUUGUCGGCAGGCCACGCCACCAGGGUGUCAUGGUUGGUAUGGGACAGAAGGAUUCUUACGUCGGUGACGAGGCCCAAUCCAAGAGGGGUAUCCUAACGCUCAAAUACCCAAUCGAGCACGGCAUUGUUACCAACUGGGACGACAUGGAGAAGAUCUGGCAUCACACGUUCUAUAAUGAACUGCGAGUAGCUCCGGAGGAACAUCCCGUUCUUCUUACCGAGGCACCCUUGAAUCCUAAGGCUAAUCGUGAAAAGAUGACACAGAUCAUGUUCGAGACGUUCAACACUCCCGCUAUGUACGUGGCGAUCCAGGCUGUACUCUCGCUAUACGCUUCUGGUCGUACCACCGGUAUCGUACUGGAUUCAGGCGAUGGCGUUUCUCAUACCGUACCGAUUUACGAGGGAUAUGCCUUGCCGCAUGCUAUUCUCCGUUUGGAUCUGGCCGGCCGCGAUUUAACAGACUAUCUUAUGAAGAUUCUCACGGAGAGGGGAUAUUCCUUCACAACUACAGCCGAACGAGAAAUCGUUCGUGACAUUAAGGAGAAACUUUGCUAUGUUGCGCUGGACUUUGAGCAGGAAAUGGCCACGGCGGCCUCUUCCUCCAGUUUAGAGAAGAGCUAUGAGCUUCCCGACGGUCAGGUCAUCACCAUAGGUAACGAACGAUUCCGUUGCCCCGAGGCCCUUUUCCAACCUUCGUUCCUAGGCAUGGAAGCUUGCGGCAUUCACGAGACCACGUACAAUUCGAUCAUGAAGUGCGACGUUGACAUCCGCAAGGACCUGUACGCCAAUACUGUUCUGUCCGGCGGUACCACCAUGUACCCUGGCAUAGCCGACAGGAUGCAGAAAGAGAUCACUGCCUUAGCUCCAUCUACUAUGAAGAUUAAGAUUAUUGCUCCACCCGAGAGGAAAUACUCCGUAUGGAUCGGUGGAUCGAUUCUCGCGUCGCUCUCCACCUUCCAACAGAUGUGGAUCUCAAAGCAGGAGUAUGACGAGUCCGGACCUUCCAUCGUCCACAGGAAGUGCUUCUAAACGCGUUUUUGAUCGCAUAUUAUCAUCAUUCCCCGAUCCCUGAGACUUUCGAGAAAUGAGAGAGAGAGGGGCUUUUGUCUCGUUUCGCAGGCGGACGUAACAUCAACUUCCGCGACGAUUGCCCUUUGGUUCCUCCGGGGCACAGGUAGCUUCUUUCAAUUCGGAUAUACGUGUUUUAAGAUACGCGGGUGAGGUGUAAGCGUCUCCGAUUAAACGAGAGGAGAGUUGAGAGAGAGAGAGAGAGAGAGAAAGAAAAAGAGAGAGGAGCUUAUAAUGUAUCGUCCUCCUCCCGCGAUUGUUCCUCGGUCUCGGCGGCAAUCCAAACAAAAUAAAUCGACGGCUCGUUCUUGCUCGUUUAAACACGACCAUUUUCUAUCGUUUUUCAUCGAUUCGAUAUAACAAUCUUAAACAUGUGCCCCGAUUCCCGAAUACCUUUUUCUACCUUGUCUUAUAUCGAGUCCUUUGUAUUAUAUAUUUGAAUAACUUGUGUCUACGGUAGCAUUUAGCUAAACAUUCCUCGCGAGACAUCCUUCUCUCAACGUGAGAACAAAACGCUUCUUUUCUGUUAGACUCGGCAUUUCUUCCCCUACCCAUAAAUGUCGUACGCGUAAACCUCGAUUGCCAUUUUUCUUCGAGAAUUCGAGCAAGAAACGUUCACGCGGAUAACUCGGAGGUUUCUGUCGCGGGAAAAAACCCUGUCUGUGUUACUCUUUCUGUAGACAGAGACGGCAGAGUUCGGCACAUACACAUACACACACACACACGAUGGCAAUCAACGUCGAUCAAUGCAUUCCGAUCAAUGUGCGGUAUUUUUAAGAGAUGCUUGCGUCAAAACAUGCCUCAACAUACGUUGUACGUUAUUCCGCGCGCAGAGAGAUAGAGAGACAAGCCUCUUCUCACCUGUUUAUUUUGUUUUCUAUUACAAUUCGCCUAUUGUUGAGGGAAAAGAUGGUCUUUUUUUUGUCUUCUUUCUUUUUUUCUUUUUUACACGAUGGGGGCUGAUAAACCGCUGAUCUGGAAAAAUUCUACCACAAUGAUCGCUCAAACAAAUGGAAAAAAAGAAAGGCACGGUUUCGACCCCGUAAGCGUAGCCAAAGUAUUAUAAUUUAUUCCCAUUGUAUUGCGCAAGACCAUUCACGUACACAUCUUAAAGACUACUUUAGACUUAUGGGAUUAUAAAAUAAAAAAGUCUGAAAAACA